UGGUGGGUCGUUGUCCGUCCCUGCUGCUUCCUGCAAGGUUUCAUCAAAAUCAUACUCCUAGUCUCCUAGUAUUGCCAUUGUGUGGCCUAUCCUCCUUGCUUUGAUUUUCUCUUUGCUCUGGGUUCGAUUUUCUCUCGGAUCCACCUUCGAAAUCCGUUCCUCACUCCUCUAAUGGUGCUUUGGGUUUAGGUACUCCAUUUUGGGAUACAAUAGAAUGGGAGGGGUUAGUGAAGGAAGUGGAGAUGAUGGAGGGAUCAUCAGGAGAAGAGGAUGUGCCUGCAGCAAAAACGAUUUUCUUCCAGAACAGUCCUUCAGGAGCUGGGGAAAUUACGUAAACGCUCUUAAGGAGACUCCGAUGAGGCUCAAGAACCGUGUCCUAAACCGAUCCAUGGACAAUACGGAGCUCCACGAGGUGAAGGCUCGCAGCGAGCACGAGAUGAAGAAGACACUCAAUUGGUGGGACCUCAUGUGGUUUGGCAUCGGAGCCGUCAUUGGAGCCGGAAUCUUCGUGCUCACCGGACUCGAAGCCAGAGAGCACGCCGGCCCCGCCGUCGUGUUGUCCUACGUGGUUUCUGGUGUCUCCGCCAUGCUUGCUGUCUUUUGUUACACAGAGUUCGCAGUCGAGAUUCCGGUUGCAGGUGGCUCAUUUGCCUACUUGAGGGUGGAAAUGGGGGACUUUGUGGCCUUCAUUGCUGCCGGAAACAUCCUCCUAGAGAGCUUCAUCGGCGGUGCAGCCGUGGCACGCUCCUGGACAUCCUACUUCGCCACACUGUGUGACCACCGGCCUGAUGAUUUCCGCAUCAUAGCACACAGCCUUCCUGAUGACUACGGCCAUCUCGACCCCAUUGCAGUUGGUGUCAUCGGCAUCAUUACUGUCGUUGCCGUGCUUAGCACAAAAGGCUCCUCUAGAUUCAACUACAUUGCCUCAAUUGUCCACGUUGCAAUCAUUCUCUUCAUAAUCAUCGCAGGUCUCACCAAGGCCGACAUCAAGAAUUACAGCUCUUUCACUCCCUUUGGAGCCCGUGGCAUCUUCCACGCAUCAGCAGUACUUUUCUUUGCUUAUCUUGGCUUCGAUGGGGUUUCAACAAUGGCUGAAGAAACCAAGAAUCCUGGACGAGAUAUACCGAUUGGAUUAGUUGGCUCAAUGGUUAUAACCACAGUGUGUUAUUGUUUGCUAGCAAUAACACUAUGCUUAAUGCAGCCUUAUACGGAAAUCAACACAGACGCUCCAUUUUCAGUCGCGUUUGAGGCUGUAGGCUGGAACUGGGCUAAAUACAUCGUCGCUGCCGGUGCAUUGAAAGGUAUGACCACAGUACUGCUCGUUGGCGCAGUUGGACAAGCCCGUUACCUCACUCACAUUGCGCGUACUCACAUGAUGCCACCGUGGUUAGCUCAUGUGAAUUCAAGAACCGGAACGCCUAUUAAUGCUACGAUUGUCAUGAUGGCCGGCACUGGAAUCAUUGCAUUCUUCACCAAGCUUCAUAUUCUCUCAAACUUGUUGUCCAUAUCUACAUUGUUCAUCUUCACCAUGGUAGCAGUUGCACUCCUGGUUCGUCGCUACUAUGUUAGUGGUGAGACGACAGCAGCAAAUCGUAACAAGCUAAUUGGGUGCAUUGUGCUAAUCAUUGGAUCUUCAAUUGCUACUGCUGCUUAUUGGGGUCUAAGUGAAAAGGGUUGGAUAGGGUAUGUGAUUACCAUACCACUUUGGUUCUUGGCAACUGCAGCACUCAGUUUCUUUGUUCCACAAGCAAGAAGUCCUAAACUAUGGGGUGUGCCUCUGGUGCCAUGGCUACCAUCUGUUUCGAUUUUGAUCAAUAUUUUCCUUUUAGGGUCGAUCGACGGGGCAUCGUUUGUGAGGUUUGCUGUGUGGACUGUUGUAUUGCUGGUAUACUAUUUCCUACUUGGAUUGCACGCAUCUUAUGACACGGCCAUGGAGUCGGAAGAAGCAAAUAAGGUUGGUCAUGGGUGGAAGAAGAUAGAAGAGGGAGCUAUGUCUUCUCAAUCUACAAUAAGUGUGAAUAAGGGCAAUCAUGGUACAAAUCAGUAAGCUUCUAUCAACUGUUGUGUUGUAAGGUUUGGGCAUACUGUCUAUGUGUAUUUUAUUGUUGUGCCUAUAUAUAUAGUCUUCUAGAGAAGCAUAUAAAAGGCUUCUCCUAAAUGAUGUUAUAAAAGGCUUCUAGAUAGUAUGUUUUAAUCUA